CACCCCUUGGUUACUUGGUGACAUCAACAUUUGUGGGAGUUGUCGGCACAGCCUGCUUCAUAACAAUAAGCAGCCAAUAGAUGCUUUAGCAAACUUUCAAUAUUAUGGCCAUCGAUGUGUACCUGUUACAGAACGUAAUGCAUUUUCUGCUGCCAGUAUGUUUGACAAAACCUUUAAUGGCGAUCCUACCGCGUCCCAACGUUACGUCCGAGGCAAUGUUGCUAUCAUCCCUCAAGACUCUGUUCACUUACGACAGGUCUUGCCCCCUUCCUCCGAAGACAUUGCCAAAGCUGUUUGUACUGUUUUCGUAGGAAAGGAUUCUGUUGUCAGUAGAGCAAAUGUUGCCAAGAUUAGCCCCAUAUUAUGCAGUAAACAUAAUGUUCAAAUUAUGAUUCAAUUUUUGGUCGCAAAUAACCCGUGGUACAG